AUGACCAUUCUUGUUUCAACAACAGUCGAUUCGGGCUUUUCUCAAUCCACCAUCAAGCCCACUCGUACUGGUCAAAUUCAAGCAGAAGAAUUUUAUCCUACUCCACCACCUUCACCAAUCAUCACUGAUUCGUCUUUACUGCCGGAUCAAAACCAAAAUCAAAAUCAAAAUCAAAAUCAAACCCAAAACCAUAACCUGCCAAUCGAUUUAGAGCCUACUUCACCAGGAUUACACGUACCCACAUCAGUGCCGAUCCCUCUUUUCUUGGAUACGCAACAUCACCUUCCUCACGCCUCAGGUCUUCGUUUAUCCACCCCAACUUCUCUGCUGGCGACACUAGGAGGAAACAGGGUACUCGAAUUAGAUCCGUUGGCAUCUGUCUGGGAUCGUAUGCCUUAUUCAGCUUCAACGGCUAUCAUUACUACUUCCAACGCGAUUGAAGAAGAUUGCGUCGAAAAGAUGAUAGGCGGAGAGAAACCCCAACCUGCUAUGCAUGGUAUACAUUGGGCCAUGCGAAAACAGAAGUCAUCGGAACAUAUAUCGUCAAUAUUUGUUUCUCCACCCACACCAGAAAGAAUAGCUUCUCCAACCUCAGAAGAUCCGCCAUCUGCACCUCCAGCAACGGUGACUUUCCGAAUGAAGACUGUCGAGUCAGUAUCGUCUCCUAGUAUCUCUCGUGAACCAUCGCCUUCAACGAGUCCGAGGCCAUCGGCGCAACUAUUACCUACCACAUCGCUACCGAGCGGAACCACGAUCCCUCUUCAAGUUUUACCUGAAGUACGCUCUCCUCCGAAGAAGACAAUAGCAAUGACGACGGAUUCCCUACAACUUUCUACAAAACGUGGGCGAAGACCAAGGUUAUUCGGGUUUACUGAAAUGGCAGAUAGUGUUAGCAGUUCUGCUGCUAGCUCAGCAGCAAAUUCACCUGAUCGAACUCCUCCUGUUCACCAAAAACAUUUCGAUUACUCAUCUUCCGCUUCAUCAUCUAAUAUCAUCGUUGGUUCUUCCAAUGCAUCCUCACCCGCAAACUUCAUUCCUAGGCGACAUCCUGUGCGAGCGAGAUCAGAAGCUGCUCUCAUGACAUCCGUACAUCAAAUACCACCUCGGCGAAAAGAAAAUGGUCUCAAGCUGAAUUUCGAUGGUAUCGUUCCUCUUCCACAACCUCGAGAAAUUCAAAGCGCAAGCAUCGCUUCACCUUACUCAUCAAGAUUGAUACGCAAAAAAUCUGGUGAAAUAUUGAAGUCCGCACUGAAAUAUGCUGGCCCGCUCUUACCAAACGGUACACCGAUUCAAGCUUUAGACACACCACGUUUCGAAUCAAAGUCUUGCCCCUCCACACCGAGCUGUCCAAAGUAUGUUCAUUUUGAUUCUCAGUUGGAGCGAGUCAAACUUUUCCUUCAUGAUCAAAAACCGCAAGUGGUCAGUAGAGAUGGAUCACCAACUGCCGACACGACUUCUGAAGGAGACGAAUUCCCUUUCCCUUCAACCGAUGACGAAAAAGACGCACGGCGAGUCUUGACUGUAUCUUUACCAAACUUCCCAACUUCUCACCCUCCUGACUCUGAACUUCACCUCGAAUCACUCUUUUUGGAAGAUGACCGAAAGGCUCUUAAAGGUGUAGUGGUUUGUCAAAAUAUCGCUUUCCAGAAGUGGGUCGCUAUACGAUUUACCUUUGAUUGGUGGCAAACAACUUCGGAAGUCACUGCAACUUACAAGGAAUCUAUUAAGGGAGGUAAAUUCGAUAGAUUUAUAUUCAGUAUCAAACUGAAUGAUAUAUUGGCGAAGAUCGAGGAGAAAACGUUGUUCAUGGCUAUUCGAUAUAACGCUGAAGGAAGGGAGAUAUGGGAUUCCAAUGGUGGUCAGAACUAUCAGGUCCUAUUCCAAAAGGUGGCCCCGGAACCUACAGGUGCUAUACGAGCGGCAAGGAAUAGUAUUUCGAUGCAUUCAGGGAUGGGUAAGGCUGUCGGUGGUAGAACCUCUCAAUGGAGUGUAUCCGGAGGAAGUAACGAUGAUCGUUUAGCGGAUCUUCGUGCCAAGCUGGAUCGUUUGACAGCAGAUGAACCCGAUAGAGUCCCUGUUUCUCCAAACAGUUCUAGGUAUUUCAGUUUCGAUUUCGCUCGACGUGGUUCCGGCAAAUCAUCAGACCUAUCUCCUAACGGUUCACCGUCGAGGAACUUUUCUACAAUCGAUACUAAAGCUUCGGAUCUUCCAGCUGCUGGACCUGCUUUGGCUGCAAGAUACGAUUUCGGUACCGCUCUCAAGACAACAACUGCCAGAAGAGGCUCGACUUCGCCAGUUGGUCGUCCUGGAGAAUUGCCGGAUGUGAAAACCGGUCUGCUCAACUAUGGCCCCAAAGGUAGUAAUGGUCACGCGGCUACAGAGUUUUAUUCACCAAAAUACAACCAAGCACCUCUGUCAACGAACGAUUAUUUCUUUUCCCCGACAAGCACCUCAUCUUCUUCGAUGCCCAUGCCUGCUCCAGUUCCUGAUUUGAAGGUUCAAGGACCAUCGCCUCCACCAAUGGAGGAGAAGCAAUCCACUCCUACUCCUACAAAUAUCCAAGCAAACCCAAUUGCAUCGACUUAUACCGUUCCUCCACCGAAAUCAGUAUCCCCUCGACGGCCUACUAAUACGUUUUCUCGGCAAUCCACUUAUACACCAAGGUUUACCAUCGGUGACGAUUCCGUGGAAGUCAGCCCCAAUGUCUCACCUCCCCAGUUGAUACCUUCCUAUUCGGCAGAAUCAACUGCGACAGAUACACCAUCUGAGUCGCCUCGAUCACCGCCUGAUCUGUCUUUGGCAAAAUGGAGUCCCACUGCGAAAUCUGGAGAGGACUCGAGUGACGAUGGUAAUAGUCUGACUAGUUAUAGUAGUUUCAUUGAACAAUUUUGCUGGGGUGGAAGCGGAAAUAUCACUCCUGAUCGAAGGUCACAUUCCGCAUCUUCACUCGACAACUACUUCCAACCAAUUGAAACAUCUGGACUCGCGACUCCCAGGGCGUUGAGUACUACACCUCAAGCAGGUAUCAUCAGCGGUGGUGGUGGUGGAGGCGGAUUAGAAACCCCUUCUUCUACAACGAGCAGCAGUUACUACUCCGCAUUCUCGAAUACGCCAACAACAAAGGAAGAUCUUGACAAUGUGGAACAAGCUUUAAGUGCCGAAUUACCUACAGGAAAUCAUAGUCAUGUACACGGUCAUAUGUCUCCUCCUGUUAUCGCAUAA